AUGACUAUAAUAGUUAGGUAUUUAAAGUUAUCAUAUAAUUUUGUUAUUGUCGAGGAGUCAUUUUUAGGUUUUUUGAAUGUUGAUGAUACCUCUGGAAAAGGACUAUUUGAUAUUACACUUGAGGAGUUAAAGUCUUUUGGUCUUGAAAUUGAUGAUAUGCGUGGUCAAGGCUAUGAUAAUGGAGCAAACAUGAAAGGAAUACACCAAGGAGUGCAAAAGAGAUUUUUAGAUAUAAAUCCUAGAGCAUUUUACACUCCUUGUGGUUGCCAUUCUCUUAAUCUAACAUUAUGUGAUAUGGCUAACAAGUGUGUUAAAGGAAAGAACUUUUUUGGAUUCAUCCAACGCAUUUAUACCAUCUUUGCAAAUUCUACUAAGAGGUGGGAAAUCCUAAAAGAUAAUGUAAAAGCUUGGAGUCUUAAGUCAUUGUGUCAAACUCGGUGGGAAAGCCGAGUUGAGAGUGUAAAGGCUAUUAAAAUGCAACUUGUUGACGUACGAGAAGCUUUACUUCAAGUUGGAGAAAAAGAUGAUGAUGCUGCAAUUGCAAGUGAAGCAACUUCACUAGCAGAAAAAGAACUUGGUGACUUUGAAUUUUUGGUAUCAACUGUUAUUUGGCAUGAAGUGCUAAACCAUGUGAAUAUUGUGAGUAAAAAGUUACAGUCAAAGGAUAUGCAUCUUGAUGAUGCUAUAAUAGAAAUAAACAAAUUGAUUGGGUACUCCAAGGAUUAUAGAGAAACUGGGACAGAAGAUAAAGAUCUUAAGUUGUCUUGUCAUCGUCUUGAAAAAGCACUCGAGUUUGAAGAAAGAUCGGAUAUUGAUGCUGAGGAACUUUAUACGGAGUUGAAAUUAUUUGAGACAUUGGAAACCAAUGAAUUUAGCAACCCUAUAGAUGUUUUGAAGUUUUUGAAAGAACUUGAUUAUUUCCCAAAUGCAAGCAUUGCAUAUAGAAUAUUGUUAAGUAUUCCAAUAACGGUGACAUAUGCAGAAAUGCGUUUUUCUAAGUUGAAGUUAUUGAAGUCUUACUUACACUCCAUAAUAUCCCAAGAAAGACUUAGUGGUUUGGCGAUGAUAUCUAUCGAGAACGAAAUCUUAGAGAGUAUAGACUACGAAGAGUUGUUCAACCAAUUUGCUAUCAAGAACGCUAGGAGAGCUUCACGGAUUGUCAGUUAA